UACUAGGUUGCUGUGUAAAACAAAUGCUGGAUAAGUUGGCGGUUCAUUCCACUGUGGCGAUCCCUGAUGAAUAAAGGAACUAAGCCAAUGGAAAAUGACUGAAUUAUCAUCAAGGUUCAGCGUCCCCCACCACCUCAGUGUGAGACGGUGCAGGGACGAUGUUUUACGCCCACUUUGUCCUCAGCAAACGUGGGCCGCUGGCCAAAAUCUGGCUGGCGGCCCACUGGGAUAAGAAGCUGACCAAAGCACAUGUGUUUGAGUGCAAUCUGGAGAGCAGCGUGGAGAGCAUCAUCUCUCCAAAGGUAAAAAUGGCUCUCCGUACGUCUGGUCACUUACUGCUGGGCGUGGUGAGGAUCUACCACAGAAAAGCCAAGUACCUGCUGGCAGACUGCAAUGAGGCUUUUAUUAAGAUUAAAAUGGCUUUUCGCCCAGGUGUGGUCGACCUGCCCGAGGAGAAUCGUGAAGCCGCGUACAACGCCAUCACGUUACCAGAGGAGUUUCACGACUUCGAUCAGCCUCUUCCAGAUCUCGACGACAUUGACGUGGCUCAACAGUUUACGCUGAAUCAGUCCCGUGUGGAAGAGAUCACCAUGAGAGAAGAAGUGGGAAACCUCAGUCUUCUGCAAGAGAAUGAUUUUGCUGAUUUUGGGAUGGAUGACCGAGAGAUGAUGCGGGAGGAAGGCGCGUUUGAAGUGGACAUCAUCCACGGAGCAUCUGCAUCAAACCUUCUGCUGGAAUCAGAGUCCAGUAGCGUACAGAUCGCUGACAAAUCCAACCACCUGGAGUACGACCAGUACAAGGAUGACUUUGGAGACAAUCCAAUGGAGAGCACUGAAGGAGGCAUGCUGGUGGACAAGCUGCUCAGCAAUGAGGACGGAGGGGGUAUUUUUGACGAUCCUCCAGCCAUCGCUGAGGGUGUGAUGAUGCCCCAGGACCAUGGUCCAGACGACGAUGAUGAUUUCGACAACCUUUCACCUGCAGGAGGUCCAGACAGCCCUGAUUCUGGCCCUGUGGAGCCUCUGCCCACCAUGACAGACCAGACUGAACAGACCACACUAGUCCAUAAUGAAGAAGAGGCCUUUGCUUUGGAGCCCAUCGACAUCACAGUGAAGGAAACCAAAGCGAAAAGGAAGAGGAAGCUGAUCGUUGACAGUGUGAAGGAGCUGGACAGUAAGACCAUCCGUGCCCAGCUGAGCGACUAUUCUGACAUUGUGACCACGCUGGAUCUGGCUCCCCCCACCAAGAAGCUGAUGAUGUGGAAGGAAACCGGCGGCGUGGAGAAGCUCUUUUCUCUGCCAGCUCAGCCCCUCUGGAACAGCAGACUGCUCAAGAUGUUCACUCGCUGCCUGACCCCUCUGGUGCCCGAUGAGCUGAGGAAGAGGAGGAAGGGUGGAGAAGCAGACAGUUUGGAUGAGUUCCUCAAAGACCUGGAAAACCCUGAAGUGCCCCGAGAAGAAGCCCUUAAUCAGCAAAGAGACAUCAUCGAUCAGACCAUCUUAGAGGAGCCCAGUGUUCUGCAGGCUUCAGCAAUGGAGGGUAGUCGCACAACCCUCGAUGAGUCCGUCAUGCCUCCUCCAUCUGGACCCCGUGGACUAAAGCGCAAAGCUCAGGAUGGAGAGCCUGCCCUACCUAUGCUGGAAGAUGAUCGUUCCUCCAUUGUGUCCACGCAACACGUCAGCAUGCCGCAGGUGGAGCUUCCUCCUGAAGAACCGGUCAACAUCGCACAGCUCAUCCCUGAACUUGACCUGAUAGGAGAAAAGAGCAAAGACAAGAAGGACGACGAUGAUGAGGAGGAGGAGGAAGAAGGUCAGAGCGGAGACCAGGAUCAGGAGGAGAGGAGGUGGAACAAGAGGACGCAGCAGAUGCUUCACGGUUUACAGAGAGUCAUUGCUAAGACUGGAGCAGAAUCCAUCAGCUUGCUGGACCUGUGCAGAAACAACAACAAGAAGCAAGCGGCUGCUAAGUUCUACAGCUUUCUGGUGCUAAAGAAACAGCAGGCGGUGGAGCUGCGACAGGACGAACCCUACAGCGACAUCAUCGCCACCCCGGGCCCCAGAUUUCACAUCAUUUAGACUCUUUACAGUCAACGCUGGCAGAUUGGAUUCUUUUUAAUGGUUUUGUUUGUAUAUGAUGUGUUAUGUAUAUCCGUGCAUGUGCAUUUUUCGCAACACAGGCUCAUUGUGGACAUGUACCCCUGUCUACAUUUCUGGAGAGCGCAAAUUAUGUAGCCAGAGGUUUGUACGAGCAAAGUUGACCGCAACGACGGGGUUCGAGUCCGGCGAAGAACAGUUCCAGAAACCAGGUAAAACAAUAAAUAAAUAAAUAAAUAAAUAACAGGAUAAAAAUGUGGUGAAAUCACGUGACCGCGACAGCUUUUCUUUUUCUAGAUUUCUUUUGAAAACACUAUCAGUUGGGUUUAGAGAAGGAGUGGGUGAGUCAGUCCGUUGACAGCAAGCUGGCCUGGUCAGCUGAAGUGUAUAUUGCGCCCUCUGGUGGAUUCACGCAAGAAGAUGAUGCACAAGAAAAGUUUGAGAUCAUCAAAAAGCGUACACGGCGGCCUCAAGUGGAUUUGCAAUAACAAAAACUGCGAGCAAACGUACCUCCAGUUACAUUUUUCGCUGUCCUCAGAAAUGUAGACCUGGGUACGUAUCCGCAAUGAGCCUGGGUUGAUUUUUCCAUGCAGUUUACAUGCGUUUUCUGUCCCAAAUGAGGAAAAAAAGACUUUUAUAAUCAUGAAAAAGUGCUUCUUAUAGUAGUUUCUCAUUACAAGCAUGCACAUUGGGGAAAAGCUAACCUGAUUGAGGUAAAAAAAUAAUAAUGCUUUUGUUAUCAAACAUAUAGAUAACCCUAAUAGAAAUGCCUAUUUUAGACAACAGAAUUGUAGAUUUCGUAUGAAAGUAAAUAUGUAAUUUUGAUCAUUGCAUGUACUUAUAUGCCAAAGGCCUUCAGUUUGCUUUUAUACUCACGUUGUUUCAUAUUAUUUAAUGGGCCCUGCUGUUUGGCAUGCUUUGAGUUUUAUGUUGACAUGCAACGUAUUUAUGUUAACUUCCAUGAAAGUAUUUUCUUUGCUGUUUUAUUUGAAAAGAUAGCAUUUUAGCUGCUCCAAAGAUAAACGAAAUGUGUUUUUUUUUUAAAGAUGCAGUGAAUAAAAUGUAAGUUUACAUGUUUUGGUAAUACUUUAGUUAGUUUAGGUCACAAUUUAUGCUAUCGGCGUAUUACCUGCCUAUUAUUAAGAUAUUAGCCAUUCAUUAGUAGUUAUAAGGUAUGAUCCUGCAUCUCUAAUCCUACCAUAACCUCCCUGCUGAAAAAUCCAUCUUAAACCAGCCUAGGCAGGUUGGCUGGUUUUAGCUGGUUGACUAGGCUGGUUUUAGAAGGGUUUUGGCCAUUUCCAGGCUGGUUUCCAGCCAUUUCCAGCCUGGUCUUAGCUAGCCAAGCUGGAAAAUGACCAGCAAAAUCCAGCUAAAACCAGCUUGACCAGCCUGAUUUAAGAUGGACAUAGUUGGUUUUGGCUGGUCAAGCUGGUUUUAGCUGGUCAUUUUCCAGCCUGACCAGCUAAGACCAGGCUGGAAAUGGCUGGAAACCAGCCUGGAAAUGGCCAAAACACCUCUAAAACCAGGCUGUUCGACCAGCCAACCAGCCUAGGCUGGUUUAAGCUGGAUUUUUCAGUAAGGCUAAACCCAAUUUUUACCUUACUAACUAUUAAUAAACAACUAAUUAGGCUAGUAGUGCAAGCAAAUAGUUUGUUAAUACCGUGAAUUGUGAGCUAAACUAAAGUGUUGAAAGCUACUACGAUAUUAUUUCCGAAAGUGUCGUGAACAUUCAGCCAAAAGCAUUGUUAGUUUUGCGUGUCUGUCAGACAACUAAACACUAAAUGUUAUUUACUGUGAUAUACACUGCUUAAUAUUGUGCCAUUUGUUGUAAAGGUCGUUUUUGUAAUCGUGCAAGCACUUUUUAAAACAGUCCCAUAGGUCUUAUCGAUGUUACCUAUAUGACAACACUCUAUUUUGUAUGUUAAUAAUAAAACACUAUUAAAUGUCUUGGAAACCGCUUAAAAUAUGUUAUAUUCAUUAAAAAUAUCACGUCAUUUGCCUGUAUCCCUGACUUGAUACAACCGUGUUAUGUACAUUUUGUAAUAAACAGUA